AAAUCGCUUGUAUGUUACGUUGACGCGAAUUUGUCCAUAUUUUAGUGUAAACCUUCUAAUUGUAGUUAAGCUAAUUGGUUAAUUAAAAUAUGACUAUCAUGGAUGAGAGUAGUGACAUGUUGUCAAGGUUUUAUCAAAGUUUGUUGAUCACGCAAAGGAAGAACGAAGAGCUGAUUUGUACGUUGGAAGAUAGUGUGCUACAAUUGGAGAGAUUGGAGUCUAUGUCCGAGGAUGAUCCUCUGAAUGAAGUCAUAGCAAAUCUCAGGGUGGUUACUUUGGAAACAAUCCGUCCUAACCAGAAUAGCUCACGGGAACUGGACGGUUUUAUGAAGCUGUUGGAGGCGAGGCUUUGUGAGAUCAAGGCUCAGGAGAAACACAACGAGAAACAGAUUUUAACAAUUGAAAAAGAGAGACGAGAUGUGAAAUCCCAAAGGUCGGCUCUUGAUGAGCAGAAGAGGUUGCUUGCUAAUGAUAAGGAGAAGCUGGAGCAGAAAAUUGACCAGGAAAGAAGCGAGUUAUUAGCUCGAGCAGAAAAGUUGGCGGCAAUGGCAAAGAUAAUCGAGCAUGAACCUGAAUCACUGGAGGUGUCCGUUAUCAAGGAGGCAGAGAAGGGUAAACUGAAGUCAGAGUUGUCGGUAAUGAAGAAGACAGAGGAGAUCAAGGGACUGGAGACGAUGUGUGAACGUUAUCAGGAGGAAAUUAAGAAGGUAAGGGAUGAUGCUAGAGAAGCGAUAAAGAUCAGUGAGAAUCAAGCGAUUGAGGCUUGCAAGAGGUUGAAACAAAUGAACACAGAGUUAGUGAAAUCACAAGAUACAGCCAGAAGAAUGCAGCAAAUUCUUGUGGCAGAAAAAGAUCGAAACAAAGAAUUGAAGGCAUCACUUGACCACGAGCGACUCCAGCCCAUCAGCAAACACAUGGCUUCGAGUCUGGCAGAUGGUAGUGUUGAGGGAAACUUAGCCACUAUUCCUGGACUGUCACGUGCCCUGAUACAACGUGCAGCACGUGCUGGCAAUAUGCCAACUGCUAUCAGGGUCGAGGAACUGCUCAAGAAAAACGAAAGUCUGAGACUUGAAGUGGAAACAAGCAACAAAGCGUUAAGUGAUCUCCAAAGAGAGCACACCAAAGUUAAAGAGAGUUGUAAAACAGCUUGUUCAAACCUUCACUACACCACGAUGCAAGUGACGACCCUAAAGCAGAGCCGGGAGAAUGCGUUACAAAAGCUGAAGAAAGCUCAACAGAACUACGACGCUCUGAACAGAUCCCUGACGAAACAAGCUGCAGGCUGGGUGCAAGAGAGGCUAGAUGAUCGUACAGUGGACAGAACGAGGAAGAUGCAACGCCUCUUCCCCAAUCUCAAUACCGUUGCAUAGUUAAUCAAAGUUUACCUGUGGCGUUAUAAACUUGAACUCAUGAAUUAUUCUCUAGUGGUUCGAUGAAGUUUUAUUUGAACGCUAACAGCAUUGAGACGAA